AUGCCCAUCUCCACCAAGUUUGUAGCCAUCUUGUUGGCGUUGGCCGUUGGUCCUUCUGCCGUGUCGGUGGUAGCACAAGCGCAAGAUGACGCUAGUAACGCCACUGCAAUGACAUUGAAUGAGACGAUGAUGAUGAUGAUAAUGACAGAAUCACCAACUGAGGAAGUUAUUCCGUCCGAAGAAUCCAUUCAAGUAGAAGAUGAAGUUACCACUCCAGCACCCACACCGCCUCCCACCGAUGCGGCCAUGUCAUUUGGAUCCGUCUCCAUGACAUUGCCGCCCCGCACGCCGUCACCGACAUCUUCCUCGUCACAACCGACCUCACAACCCACGGGUCCACCACCCCGAUCGUGCAGUACCACACCCGUCACACAGACGGAAAUCCAAACCAUUCGACAAGCCAUUGAAACGGUCAUUGACAAUGCCAACGUCAACAUGGCACCCAAAUUUGUGCGGCUUGGAUUUCAUGACUGCGUCGGUGGCUGCGAUGGCUGUGUCGACAUGAGUGAUCCAGAAAAUGCCGGAUUGGAAGUCCCCAUUCAAGCUCUGCAAGAAGUUGUGACGACCCAUGAAAAUGAAUGCAUCAGUCGGGCGGAUAUCUGGGCAUUGGCAGCACUGGUAGGAGCCGACGUGACACAAAGUCAAGAAGAUUUUGACAUGGUCUGGGUGGGCCGUCAAAAUUGUGCUGGUGUGACAGAUCCCAUGAGUGGACCCGUUAUCCAAAUGCCCAGUGCCGACAUGGACAUUCACGGAUUACUUGGCUUUUUCAAUGACGAGUUUGGCUUUGAUGCUAGACAAACCGUGGCGCUCAUGGGCGCGCACAGUAUUGGAAAGGUCGAUGAAGACAAUAGUGGUUUUGUUGGACGGGGGUGGGAUGAUGACGAGGAAGAAUUGGACAAUGACUAUUAUCAGCAGUUGCAAGAUAAUGUGCGAUGGAAUCAAGUCAAUGCUAAUCGCUUUCAAUGGGAAGGUGGUGAUGGCGGCAGUGGUGAUGCCGAUGAAGAUGGAAUCAUCAUGUUGAAUGUAGACAUUGCACUCGUCAGGGACUUUUCGGGAGACAUGGGCAGUGACGGAAGAGUCAAUUGUCGAUUCCGUAAUGGUGGUGGAGGCGGUGGUGGAGGCGGUGGUGGAGGAGGUGGAGGGAAUAAUCGGUUUGUCCGUGCCCUACAAAACAACGUAUGCCCCAACUCGUCCACACGCAGCAUUGUGGAAGACUACCAAGACUCCAACAGUCAGUUCCUCAGUGAUUUCCAUGACGUCUUUAACAGACUCUUGGUUCAUGGAUACGACACAAGCAGCGGAUGCAGUACCACUGAUCCAUGCCGAUUCGCGGGAGUUCCACAAGAAGGGGCACAAGUCUCUGUAGGACGCAGCGGCAAUCCAGAUGAUAUUUUCUUUUAG